AUGGCGAUAUCGGACGGCCGCACGGCGCUGCUGACGCUGCUGCUGCUGGCCAGCACUGCAUACGCUCAUGGAGAUCACUCUGCUGUGCCCGAAGGCGUGGCUAUCUCAGACGACCCGAUUGAUUCUACGCUAUGGCUUCAUAUGAUUCUGAUGGGCCUGACCUUUGGCCUUGUGUUUCCUUUCGGCAUGGUUCUGGGGAUUGUGCGCUCUCGAUGGCACGUUCCUGUUCAGGUCGUUGGAACCGUCGUCGCCGUGGUGGCCUACUUUAUGGGCCACGCUCAUAAGGGCAGACGUUUCGCCAAGAACAUCCACGCCUCCUUCGCCAACUCGCUGAUGCUAAUGCUCAUUCUCCAAGUCGUUCUGGGCGCAUACCUCAAGCUGCAUCUCUCCAAGGGCGUUCAUGGACGGAUCCGUCGGUAUAUUGUGGUCGCACACGGAGUGGUGGGGAAGAUGAUGCCAAUUGUCAGCUGGGUGCAGAUGGUUUUCGGUGGCAUCACGGCCCUGGGUUUCUGUCGGGAAGACCAUCUGGGACAGUGUCUGGCGCACUUCAUUAUGGGCAGUGCGUUCAUCGCCUACGGUAUCCUUUUGACUAUCCUGCUGCUCGUCGGUCAGUACUGGCUGCGCCGCACUGGUCGAAGCCAGGAGUUCUUUGACUCGCUGGUCAUCGCUGCUUGGGGAUGCGUCAACACGUUCACCGAACACCGCUGGGGAGGCCCAUGGGUGCACAGUGACCUCCAGCACACCACGAUGGGUAUUGUCUGGUGGUGCGCCGGUCUGCUGGGUAUCUGGCUCAGCAGGAAGCGGGACGGCCGGCCGAAGCGCAAUUUGAUCCCCGCCAUUGUCAUCUUGCUGACCGGUUAUGCCAUGUCCGCACACUCUCAGCAGUUGAUGUUGAGUACCAUGAUCCACUCCGUCUUCGGAUAUACCUUGAUGGCCGCAGGUGCCGUGAGAAUCAUUGAGAUCUCUUUCGUCCUGAAGGAUCAACCCACGCUCAGCCCAGAUGGAACAGAUCCCAACAGCUUCCAAUAUCUCACGCCAUUCCUUCUUUAUGCCUCCGGUUUCCUCUUUAUGGGCGCGACCGAAGAGCAGAUGCAACUUCUCAGUGACGCUGGCGUUACCCACGUCUCUUACGUCCUGAUCCUCUACAGCAUUGCUUUUAUUCUCUUCCUCUUCGUCAACGUCCUCCUGCACAUCUACGCCGUCCACGCCUGGCCCGAAACCGCCAAAUACAACCCCUCCGGUCCCCGCGCCGGUUCCACCAUCCCUGGAAGCAGCCGCAGAGGCCAGCGCUCUCAAUCCGAAGCUCAACAAAUCCAUGACGCUGAAGCCUUCGAGCUCCAGGGUCUCAUCUCCGAGGAAGAUGAAGACCCUUCUACUCCGAAAAAGGUUGAUGACGAGGAGAACACUCUCGUCCACAAAGAGCAGAAUGGAACGGCAUAA